UUUGCCUUCCCCUUCCCUUUCCAUUACCUUUUUCUCGCUGAUCAUCUUGCUUUUCACCUUCUCUUUCUCCAAUUAGGGUUUCCCCCUCCCUCUUUGGCUGCAGCCAUAAAAUCUACUGGGGUUGUUUAGGUUUAUUUAUCAGCAGUUUUCCACUGCCAAAGGCUGCCCUUAUCUUAGUAGGAGAGCAAACCAAGAUCCUCCUCACAGCUCAUUCAUUUAAGGGGAAAAGCAGUGAAAAUGUCUUCUUCCAGCUCUUACAAUUCACCCUGUGCUGCCUGUAAAUUGUUGAGGAGGAAAUGCAUGCCGGGCUGCAUCUUUGCACCUUACUUUCCACCGGAGGAGCCCCAGAAAUUUGUGAAUGUUCACAAGAUCUUCGGAGCGAGCAACGUGACCAAGCUCCUCAAUGAGCUCCUCCCUCACCAAAGAGAGGACGCGGUGAAUUCCCUCGCCUAUGAAGCUGAGGCGAGAGUAAGAGAUCCAGUUUAUGGCUGCGUUGGCGCCAUCACUUUCCUGCAGAGACAAGUCCAAAGGCUCCAGAAAGAACUUGACGCAGCUAAUGCCGACUUGAUCCGCUUCGCCUGCAACGACAUCCCCACAGCCUUGCCUCAAGCACCGGGGACAAGCUCAUUUCAACCCCUCACUCCCCGUAACAGGCUACCCGAGUUUAACAGAAGGAAUAUUGGCAAUGAAGGAGGAGGGUUCUACCAGGUCCCCGGUGCUCUUCCUUAUUCUUUUCCUUGGAACGAUGCCUCUUCAGGUGAUAUAAACGAUGGAGGAGGAGAAGGCGGUAUGUGAACAAACGAGACAAUAUCAGAGCGUACUAUGCUCCGUUUAGGGUUUCCUACAUGGAGACAUAUGGUCAUGCUGGGAUGAGUGUUUCUUUUACAUUUUUAAGUGAAGGUUUGGUCUAUGGCUAGCCACUAUCUUCAGGACUUUCCUAUGUUCGAGCUAGAGAUGUCGCUUGGCUUUUCUAGUUUUCAUUGUUUGUCUCGGUGAUGGUGGGAGCAGUGAGACUCUAUUGUUGUCCUGCUAAUACCUGCGGUUUUAAAGUGUGUCAUCUGCACUGUACUAUUUUAUGUGUUGU